UUGUUGGAUGUAAUAUGCAUCUAGUUAUAGGUGGGAUGUUAUGAUAGGAGAGGCUAGGAGCCUAAAUUAAUGGUGUAUAUAUACUUGUUCAGAAUAAUCAAAUAUUAUUUACAUUAUAUUCCGUCACUUGUUUGUAGGAGUACUAAAAUUCCAGCUCAUGUAAAUUAUUUUCUGUACGUAAAACAAAAGUUUCUGCACUAUAUAUGAAAAGUAACCUUAUUAUAAGACUUGGAGCUCCGAAAGCCGGCCACCCUUCUAAAUUAUACAAAUUCAACAGUAUAUAUAGAUAGAUAGAAGGAUAAGUCUAGCAUUGCUAUCAUCAAAGGUUGCUCUUCCAAGUCAAGGUAGAAUUAUGGGAGAUUCUUCAGCAGAGGAAAGUGGUUGGACUUUCUACUUGGAAGAUCUCUUGAACACUGAACAGUUUGAUCAUGAAAAUAACUCUAUGCAGCUUCCCUCUGCUUGUGAUGAUGAAAUGGGUAGUCAGAGCCUUUGUCUCGUUUCUGAUGCUGCUUCAUCAGCCUCGGUUAUGGGGAGUUCGAAAAUAUUGAGCUCCAAGAAGAGGAGAACCUGUAUAUUUAGUAAGAGAUCUUCCAUGGCGAGCGAUGAUUCAUUAGAAGAUACGGCUAGUUCUCCUGUUAGUAGUCCUAAGGUCUCCGAUUUGAACCGGAAGGCUACUAUGAACAGGAAACAGAAAGAAUGUGCAGAAAUUAUAGAGGAAUGUACUAGCACAUCCUCAACGGGACUGAAGAGAAGGGGACUUUGCUUGGUACCGGUUUCCACCAUUGUGAACUUCCUCGGUUGAUUUUUAGGCAAUUGUGAAUGAUGUUUAUAUGGAGCAGGGUAAUUGAUUGUCUUGUUUGGGAGGAUCUUUUCUCAUGUAAGGGACACCAGUCUGUUAUAGAAAUGCAUACAUAGGAUUGUCUCUUUGGUAAGAUAACUACUCAAGUUAAGGGCUUUGUGUAAUUAUUUAGUUAUGGCUGGAUGGCUGUAUAAAUUGUUGAA